GCUUCGAUAUUUGAUUCCAGUUUCAAAUAAAUCAGAGAGAGUAAAAAAAAUAAGAAAUUUGUGAUGAAUUUUGAGAGGAAAUUUAACGGCAGAUUCUUAUAUGGGACUACUUUUGAAUAUGAAGGAUGAAAUUUUGGUAAAGCCUUUGGGAUUUGAAAUGAAUCUUAGUAGAUUGUAAAGAUUAUUAGAGAAAUUAAAGAUUCAAAAUAUAUAUAUAAAGAUUUAGUAAUGAGUUAAAGAUGAAAUGGAUGAAUGAUCGUUA